GAGUUACAACAACACGUUGUAAAGUAGGUACUAUUUUAGGACUCGUAGCACGGUAACCAUUAAAACGUUUAAAGGUGUACUAAUUUAGAUCACACCUGUUUGUAGUGUUUGUCCCGUUACGUUCCUCGCUGCCUCGCUAGAACAGCCGUGGAUCUCAAAUGAAUCUAAGAAUGAAUUGCCAAACGAGUCUAAAUAAUGUUUUUAUAUUCUCUCCUUAUACUAUGCUACACACGUCUUAAAAAUUAAAUAAGGAAGUGACUAUGACUAAGAGCAAGACCAUAAUGAAACAUGCAUCUGAAUCACAUCCUUCAUAUCAGUAAUUAAUCUAGAAUCUAAAUGUAGUUUAUGCACAAAUUUAUACCUAGGUAUAACUUCAUGAGUGUACUGCAUGCAUUGAAAUUUAGUUAGUCAUUUACGCUGAAAAGCGUAAGUAAAAUGAAUAAUUUGAAUAGAUUUUACGAUCGGUCAAAGUUCUAAAAUGUAAACAAAUCUCCCGCCAUUUAUGCUGUCAACUCUACAAAAACUUACAAUAUUAAGUCAACUUCGACGCUUUAAUCGGUGUCUCGAAUAGCAGAGAAAAGUCACUGUCACUGUCAUAGUUGUCAACUUAUAUCUUUUUAUCGCCAUCUCCGUCACUCAAUAAGUGUAAAACAAAGACAGUUUCAAAUUUCGAUAUCGAAACAAAACAUGGAUAGCGUAAUGACGUAAACAAAACAGAUAAAGUUCUGGCAAAGCCGCCAGCCGGCAAGUUUGACAGUUUACGAGCGAUAUCCGGAGUAACGGGACGUGUCCCUAUUCGUCCGGGACGCGCGGGAGCAGUGUGACGUGGACGUGAAGUGCUGACGAUGCUGUUGGUGUUGUUGUGCGCGUGCGCAGCUCUAGCUGCGGAUGCAGCGGAGCCGGCGCUGCAGGGCGCCUCGCGCUGGUCUGUGGCGUCAAGCGUGUUGCUGAGCGACGCGGCGACCACGGGAGGAGAGCUGGGGUAUCGCCUGCAGGCGGCGCUCACAUUGCGCGCGCAGCCGCUGGAAGAAGGGCUGUUGCUGCACUUCACGCUAGAGUCCCCCCAGCUGAUGCUCCGAGGCAAGCACCGGAAUGCAGAGUUCCUCCCGAAGCCUUCCAUAUGGGACACCUUGCCCAGCUCAGAGUUCCUGGCCAUGUGGAAUGAAGGUCACGUUACGGAAGCCUUCCUUGACCCAGCAGACCCUCCUGAUGUGCUGGACUAUAAAAAGGCUCUCAUCAGCUUAUUCCAGUUCCAAGUGGAGGAGGGUGAGCGCAAUGAGACAGAUGUAUCCGGCUACUGUCAUGUACACUAUGACGCCGUCUCCGAACUGGUCUUCAGGAAAAGCAAGAUGCAAUGCACUUGGUUAGGAGCGGUGGAUGAAGACGAAAACGAUGGUUGUGCCGAACGGCGGCGAGUAGUUCGCUACGAACUGACCUCCGCCGGUGUCCUCAACAGUAUUACUGCCGAUGAAGUCCUGCUUCUACGCGGCACCGACCGCACACACGCGCUAAAGGCGCGCGCGCUGCACAUGCUGACCCGCGCCGGAGCGCCGGCGCCGGCGCCCGCGGCCGCGGCCCCGCCGGGCCUGGCCGCGGCGCGCCGGCGGCUCCCCGCGCUGCAGCCCGCGCCGCUGCCGCUCGAACUCAGACCCGAGCAAAAUGACGAGCCUCAGGAGUCCCUGUCGUCGGCGCUGUCGGCGCACCGCGCGGCCGUGCAGGCGGCGCGCGCGGGCAGCGCGCAGGCGGCCGCCGCCACGCUGGCGCUGCUGCCGGCCCUGCGCGCCGCCUCGGCUGGCGAGCUGGCCGCGCUGCUCGACCAUCCCGAUACUGACGAGUUAGAAGGCCUAGUCCGCGUGCUCGGCCUCGCAGGCUCACGCGGCGCACAUUUAGCUGCGCGUGAGACGCUACAACUACAGGCUAAGGAACCGCCGCGAGAACACCUCGGCAGGGAGUACCUCGCUGCUCUGGCCCUCGCCCCGGAGGUGGAGGAGGUACGUGUAGCUAAGGAACUGCCGCGAGAACACCUCGGCAGGGAGUACCUCGCUGCUCUGGCCCUCGCCCCGGAGGUGGAGGAGUUUGUGAUCCGCGACACGAUGAAGCUGGGCGCGGGCGGCGGCGCGCUGGCGCCGGCGGCGCUGCUGGCGGCGGCGGCGGGGGCGGCGCGGGGGGCGGCGGGGGCGGCGCGGGGGGGGCGGGGGGCACUCGCCGCGGAGCUCAAGAACUCGCUCACCAGGACCCUUUCUAAGUGCAAGGACGACGCAUGUUCCGCGGCGCGGAUCCACGCACUAGGACAGCUCCGGCGGCCCGAACUCGUCGAACUCUUAUUAGAACACGCAGAAACAGGCGCUCGCGCAACAGCCCUCGCCGCUAUCGCUGCACUCCGGGCUCUGGCUAAAGAGGGCUACUACGGGCCGAAGCGCCGCCGCCUGGAGGCCAUAGCGCUGGGCCUGGGCCGGCCGCGGCCGCUGGACGUGCGCGCCGCCGCGCUGGAACUGGCCUUGGUGUCUGCGGCCGACGUCCCGCUUUCACUGUUGGGCUUGACGAGGGGGCUCCGCGAGCAUGGGCCCCGCGAGUUGCGGCGCCUGUGCUGGCUGCGGCUGCAACAGCUGGCCGAGACCAGGGUCGAGCUGGCGAUGCUGCUGCCCGCCCUGGACCCCAGGCCUAGAGACUGGUUCCGGAGAGCACACGACGGUACAUCGUCGGUGUUAGAACGCACAGCACACUGGGCGCGGCUGGACUCAUCGCAGCUGGCCAAUGCUGGCGUGCUCAGCCGAGGCAAGGUGGAGCUCGCCGCUCACACGCCCGACGAACAAAUACAUCUGUUAACCGUGGAGAUAUGGACUCGCGGCAUGGAAUCAUUCGCGACGCCUCCAGUGGUCCCCGGCGCGGCGCGGGAGGCCGAGGACGAGCUGCCGCCGGAGGAGGGGGGGGAGGGGGAGGCCGUGGAGGGCGGCCUCGCGCUCACCGUCGGCGGCGUGCGGAGACCCGAUGUCACGCUCUUUAGCGGACAGGGCGAGCUCCUGGGCCACAUCUGGUCGGGCGCGGGCUCGGCGCCCACGCCGCUGCUGCGCGCCGUGCUGCCGCGCGCGCGCGCCGCGCACCGCUACGCGCUGCAGGCCGGCCUCGUGCUGCGCGCCACCGUGCAGCGGGCGCUGGCGCUGGCGCAGGACGCGCAGGUAAGCUCGCUGGCCACGUCGGACACCCCCCGUUCUCCACGAGACCCCCCACUAUAUAUUCGGCUUUAUUGCUUUACCCGAGUUGUGAGUACGCCGCAGGCGCAGGUGUCGCUGUGGGGCCGCACGGCGCGCGCGGGGCUGGCGCUGCGCGGCGCGGGCGCGGAGGCGCGCGCGCUGCGCCUGCGCACCGCGUGGGGCCGCGUGGCGGCGCGGGCGCACGCGCACGUACAGCCGGAGUUGACUAUCGCGGCGGCGCUCGACUUCUACGACAGGCCGCAGUUGUGUGUACACACCGCGAUACCUGAUUACACGUACAGCCGCAACGUGACGCUGGAGUCCGUCCUGGGCGACGGGGCGCUGCGCGUGCGCCGCUCGCGAGCGACGUCGGUCCCCGUCCCGGGCCGCACCCUGGCCCUGGGCGCGCCCAACGACGCGGCGUGCGGCGCGCUGGGCGCCGAGCACCGCGACUAGUGACGUCACC